GUCACAUGAUAAAAUGACAGACAAAUAAAGUCAAACUCAGCAGAGCUCAGCAGCGUUAUAUCCACUCCACCGGAUCCAGUUUUACUCUGAUAUCUUCACUGGUCUCGUGAGAAUACCCGCAAGAAAGUCUUUCAUGGGUUUGCAUCUGAAAAUUUAAAGAGCGUUAGUUUUGUGGAUCAACAAUCACACACAGAAUGGUGCGUGCGGGUGUCGUAGUGUUAUUAUGUGUGUGUCUGAAUGUGUGUGGCGCUCUGAUUUGUCCUGAUGGAGGGAGCUUGUAUGUGUGUUUGCAGGCAGAGUGCUGCUCCGAUCACUUGCAUUGCUGUUAUCAGGGCACUCUGUGCGACUUGGUACACUCCAAGUGUGUGAACAAGACACAUAUUUUAGACUGGGUGGAAAAAGUCGCCACAAAGCAGAAAGCAGUAAUUUGUCCAGAUCAGGAGUCUGAGUGUCCCGAUGACACCACCUGCUGCCAGAUGCCUGAUGGGAGCUGGGGCUGCUGUCCUAUGAAAGAUGCCGUGUGCUGUGAAGAUAAGCGACACUGCUGUCCUCAGGGAACUAAAUGUGACCUCGAGCAUUCAAAGUGUGUGUCGGCAACAUACGGACCCUCCCCACUCUGGAGGAAGUUUGCUGCCCGUCGCAGGAAACCAUCAGAGAGGAAAGCAGCUUGUGACCUUGUCCAUAGUAUGUGUGUGUCAGCCAAUGGCUUCAUGGUAAAAAUGGCCGCUAAGAUCCCAGCCACUUCCCUGAAGCCUAAAGAAAAAGUAGUUCCCUGUAAUGAGACGGUAGCAUGUGCUAGCGGUACCACCUGCUGUAAAACACAAGAAGGCACCUGGGCUUGCUGCCCUUUACCAAAGGCGGUGUGUUGUGAGGACCAUAUCCACUGCUGUCCAGAGGACACGGUGUGUGACCUCGCGGCAAGCACCUGUGAUGACCCUGCUGACCUUUCAGUGUCUGUACCCUGGAUGGCAAAGGUGCCCACCUUUCCAAUAGCUUCAUCCAAUCAGAAAUGCGAUGAGACAUCUUCGUGCCCUGAUGGUUCCACCUGCUGCAGACUCUCUUCUGGAAAAUGGGGCUGCUGCCCUCUGCCACAAGCAGUCUGCUGUAAAGACAUGAAGCACUGUUGCCCUGUGGGAUACAGAUGUGACCCAGAAGUCCAAGGCUGCACUAAAGCCUCCACAUCCAUGUGGUGGGAAAAUGCUCUUUAAAUGAAGAACCACAGACUGACACUGAACCACAUGCCCAUAACACAGAUAUACACACACACUCGAGUGCUCCGACUUGCUACAUGUUGCAUAAAGCGUUGUUUUUAAGAUGCCCUCUUCAGACAAGGGACUAUACAUCUAGCUUUUUUUAAUGUCUAGUAUUUUUCUGGAAUAAAAAUGUGCUGAACCUUAUAUUUAGGCAGGAUACACUGAGAGACUUUAGAACUGAUGAUUGUGUGAUUUUUAGCAGAAAUGUAAUUUGCCCAAAACAUCAAAGUGAUAAUCGGAGGCUAAAUGACACAUUAUUAUAUCGUAAAUGUUAUUAGGAUGUGGAUUUUAUGUUUUGAAUUACAUUACCAUGAUAAUAAUGACACACACAAACCGUAAGUGAGAAAAGCUACUGAGAUUCAAAACUGAAUGUAUCACCAGUGAACUAAACC